UUGGGGAGGGGGAAUGCUCGGCGGACUGUGACGCGUCGCAGCAAGAAGAGGGACAAAGACACACGUACUGCGGGACAGACAGAAACCUGAGAAAAAAACAAAAAUAGAAAGAACUACAAGAAGCAAAAGGGACAUCGCAUUCAAGUCCCGCUGGAGGCGGCAGAGCUGCGUGGGGGGGGACACGUGAGUGUUGGUCCACAGAGUCGCACAGGCAGGUUUAGAGACAGUUGCGGUGACUUGGGAGAUCUGCGCCGCGGAGGACAGGGCAGUGGACCGCGCAGAGGACAGGGCAGUGGACCGGCCAGUGGACCGCGCAGAGGACAGGGCUGUAGCCGCUAAGUGCCGGACAAUGGUCGCCAACUUUUGAACAAACUUUCCCGGAAUUACUUUUUCCUUUUUUUUUCCCUCUGUCGCAGCGGCGCAUUGUGGUUUCCCUCAGUCAGAUCGCGACUUCCCUCCCUGCAAAGAGGAGGAAAACUCAUCGGAGGUUUCGGGAGAACAUUCAUAACGGACCGCGUGCGCUCUUCUCUACGCGUCCCGUGUGCGGAACAGUUCCGAGCUCCAGUCCGGAUCGUCCCCGAUCCUAAAUGUGCUGGCGGAGAACGUGCAAGUAGCCGAGCUGCAACACCACCCAAGCAUGCGAUGCUGGUGCGGCGCCCUGGCACUUCUCCCCUGGGUGCUGGUGGCCCUGGACGCUCAGCUCAUCUGCUGGCGGGCGCUGCUGCGGUGCCACGAGGAGCCCCAGUGCGACCUCGCGUACGGCCAGUACCUGGCGGCCUGUGAGGGGAACAUCCGGGGCACGAGGAGGCAGUGUCCCAGCCACUGCAUCAACGCGCUCAUCCGGCUCAACCACACCCGCGGCGGGCCGGACCUGGAGACCUGCGACUGCGCGCGGGACCAGGAGUGCCUCGGCGCCAAGCGCGCCGUGGAGCCGUGCCUCCCGCGCCGCCACCCGAGCGACGCCGGCGGGAUCGGCUGCAUGGAGGCCCGGCAGCGCUGCGAGGAGGACGGCGACUGCCACGCCUCCCUCGCGGCCUACCUGUCGUACUGCGGCCAGCUGUUCAACGGCCGCAAGUGCUCGUCCAAGUGCAAGGCCACCAUCCAGCAGAUGCUGUUCAUCCCCAACGGCGCGCUGCUGAACCGCUGCGUGUGCGACGGCGUGGAGAGGCCCUUCUGCGAGGUGGUGAAGGAGAACAUGAGCAAACUGUGCGCCAUAGGGGACCGCGCGGGCAUUUCAGACCAGCCGGAUGUGGAUGACCUCUAUGAGGAUGAGGACUAUGACCCUAAAGGUGACGGGGAGGAGGAGUUUUCCGAUCUGUGCUCUGCUUCCCAGAGGUCACCCGGCAGCGCGGCGCUCCUGUUUCUUCCCCUGGCACGGAUAUUGUUCUGAGACAAUGCAACACUUUUUGGAUUUAUGAAGAGAGAUGUUGCCCCUCCCGGUGAGCAGAGGAGAUUUGGGAUGGAAUUGGUGACUUAGAGGGUGGUGGGGGACGGCGGCUAUCUACUUCACCCUAAAGGCCUCCCUGACACUCUGCAGUGAUGUGCGCGUGCGUCCCACAACCGUACAAUAUGCAGAGUAAUUGGUCUCACAGAGCAUCUCCCACUGGGUGAAACGCCUGCUCUUUUUUUUUGUAUCACCAGGUGAAGAUCCGAGGACGUGAACCCUGCCGGACUUGUUGCUGAGUGGAGCUGCCUUUGAGCAGCUCCCUGUUUGUUUGGGUUGGUUUCAAUGGUACUUGGGAGUGUGGCUCCAUUAAGACCUUGGACAAACAUUGGACCCGUCCCGGGUCCGUGUUUGCUCUGCUCUCUAUUACAGGGGCGAAGGGGGGGGUCAGCAUUGUCGCAGCGGCCGCACUUCAAAUAUUUGUAGGAGUAGCAGUGAAAGGACGCGGCACCACGAGGGUUGUGGGAUCAAGUACCUAAGUUAACUGAAGCCACUCCGUCUGCCCCUCGACCCCCCGACCCCACCGUGUGAGAUGUUUUAUUGAACUUUUCCUGAGACAGACACCCAGCCCCAUUUCACGCCUUCACCCCCCCCCCCCCACUACUACUACAAGCCAGGAGAAAGCUGUCUGCUGCCAGAGCCAAAAGGUCAAACGCAUCACACGUGCUGCUGAUGUUACCCGAGGUCCAGCAAAGGGAUUCGAACCGGCAGCGUGUCACUAAUGGCCUUUUUUUCCUUCGCUUUUAGCCGUUUAGCCAAAAAAGGGAAUGUUUUUGUCAGUAACGAUCGCUUGUAACGUCACAACGUCACAAAGAAUGUUUGCUAAACGUUAAAUUAUGAAGCUAGAUUAUGAAUGUGUACUUGUUUUACAGUUUCAUGCAGUAAAGUAAGCCAACGCGGUCACUUGUACGCCCCCGACACAGUACGGACACACCAACGUAGAUCCACAUGAUCCUUUAGCUCUUUUCCAUCUUACCUACUUCACAGCAGUGUCUUCCAUGUGGGACGGUUGAAUAAAAUCUUUAUGAAGUCAA